UGUGUGGGGGGAGGCUUCCCUGCAGAGUUUAGGCCCGAGAACGCCCGCAGGCGCAGGCCCCCGUCGUGCACCAGCCUGACUAAAUGCGGCCCCAUUCCACAUUUUAGACAAUUGAGAUUCCCGCCGACUUCCCUGUCCGUCUGCAUUUCAACGUCAGGCCAGUUCCCGUCUCUUUUAUUAUUUUGAAUAGAAGCAGUGCAGGAGAAGAGAGGGGACGAUCCUGCUGCCCUGUUAGACCAGAAACCCCCAAUUCAUCGCCACCGUCGCCGUUGAUCACCGCCGUGCCGGGUCCCGAUAAUCCGAUCCUGAUCCUGAUCCAUAUCCACCUUCGACUGACAGCCAGGUACCUGACAAGGGCACUUUCAUCACGCACCCACGCACGCACCUCCCGGCCCCUCCGUUCUCCUCUUCUUUUCCACCACCGACCACUGCCUCCACAUCAAACCCCGCCCCGACCUGAUCGACUCCGGCUGAGGACACGGCCGUCGCUAUUCACGAGCCCGGCGGUGCGGAGACGGGAGCUGUGGUUGACGCUGUUGUGGGCGCUGGAGAGAGUGGAUGCGACCGCCCGUCGGACGAAACAAGACAGAAUUUUGUGAUUAUUUUUCCUCUGCAGAUCCCGGACCGCAGCCGGGCGGAACUGGGGGGAUCGGUGGGUUGAUUGACUGAGAGGGGACGCAGGUGCAUGGUUAAGAGUCUGGGCGAGAUCCCAGCAUUGCUCUUGUUUCGACCUUGCUGUCCACUCCCCAGAUGGAAUACCCUUUCCCGGGGGCCAUUGUGUGCUCGAUAACCUCUUCAACAAAGUCAACAAUGCUUUGAGGUAUUCACUGGGCAGUAACGAGUCUGGCCUGAUUCCCGCCCCCCCCAAGCAACAGGCGACCCGCAAACUGAUCUCGACGCUCCUUACUUACUCUAUCUACACUUCUCUGCGAUACAAUCUCAUCGUCUUUCAGCAGAAGACAUCACCAUGUUACCUCUUGUCCAAAUGCACCCGAUGGUGCAACCACAGCUCGACUUACUCGGGCCCCAUCAGCCGCACGUAAAACAUGACCUGGAGUACGUGUCGCAUCACCAAAGACCACAGUUCGCGCGACCCUCCCCCUCGCUCCACAACACAGACUCAACGCCCCGGGCGUUCGCCAUCCGCAGCGCCCAGCCAGCCCCGGCGUUGCACCGCAUCACCACCUCGUUCAUCCGAUCACAUGCCCACGAUCACAGUUCGGAACACUCACUUAGACGCAAGACACCAAGCGGCACCAUCGACAAUGGGUACGAUGGUUCGGUUGCCCACCUGGCCUCCGGACCCCCACCAUUGAAGCACAUGAUCUUGCCUGCCUCGUCAAGAAUAUUUCCGACUGCUGUGUCUCAGAGAACAUCAGGGCUAACUGGGGUUGGCUACCAUAGGUCAACACUCUCUGGAUCAUCAUGGCCAUACCAGGCACCGAAUCCGACUGGGAGGCUCGAUGGUGGGAUGGAACCAUUAAGUAGCCCACCUGUGACGCCUGGAGGAUGGGGUAUGGGAAGUACGAAUAUGAUAACGAAUCCGGCCGCGCCAGAACAGACAAACUUUCUGCAACCAAUACCCCAACAAAGCUACAACUCUGUGUCCAGCUUGCAGCCAUUGUUAGGGCCAGGAUACCACCAGCCGUUGAGUCAAACCGUCUACAGCCCGGGUGGCUACCAACAACCACAGCAACCACAGCAGUCGAUGGUGUGGAGGAAUGGUGGACUAGGGGAUUAUCGAACACCAAUACCCCUAGCCAAUGGUUACACACCACAAAAUGCUGUCGUUGAUAGUGCGUUUAUGCCCUCGCAGUCGACCAUACAUGGCAUGCCAAACGCACCAGGACUGGGCCAACCACACCCAUUCCGCUUGCCAUUGUCAAGCUACCCUCUUGAUGAUGGGUACGCUCGUCAUGCUCAGGCACACAUGGCGCACCAUGGGGCUGCUCAUCAGGGUCAUGAGUCUCUGGCACAACUAGCUGGACAUAUUGCCCAAGGGGGCAGUGGCGGAGAUGUUGCCUCGAGAGCAAGGUUCAAAGAGCUGGCCCUGCAGCAAGCACAUAAAACAUACAAUGAUCUGCUACUUUAUCUAGGCAAUGCGAAGAAAGCACACCACAGCCGGACCGGAUCUUUAUCAAGAACGUCAUCGAAGAUGGUGGUAUACCCGAAACCCUCAAUAGCGCCGUUGGCGAGCGGAACCAAAGUACGACCAUCGCCAGCCCUCUCCGAACCAACAGUCAGCUAUGCACAGCACAUGGCACAGAAGCAGGCGGCAGCUAGGAGUAUGGCAAUGGGAGGGCAAGGAAUGAUUGUUGGAGGCUUCAACCAAGCGAGGAAUCUAUAUUCAACGGGGCUUCAACAACGGCCAUACUUUGAGACCAGAUCACCACUUCACAAUGCGAAAAAUUCACUCGAGAUGCUCACCAACCUAUGUGAGCAAAGUGGAUGGAAAUGGGUGGAUGGUAUGCUGUUGGGAGGAUGUCUCCACUAUGGCCUUGAGCAUUAUGAAGAUGCUCUGGAGUGGUUCAAGCGCAUCGUGAGCAUGGAUGCUAGCCACGUCGAGGCUAUUUCAAAUAUUGCUGCGACAUUGUACUGCAUGAACAGGCAGGAUGAGGCUGAACGGGAAUGGUCUAAAGCGAUCAAGCUAAGGCCAAGUUACCUGGAAGCAGUGGAACAUUUGGUUGGCUUGCUGUGCUCGAAUCAUAGGAGUCAGGAGGCAGUCAACAUUAUCGAGUACAUUCAGAAAUCGUUGAGGAUGUCUGGAACAAACGGAACCGUACAUGAAGUUAACGAGACGGCGAGCGAGGCCGACACGGCGUCGACUGCCACAAUGCGAGAAUUGAGCCCCGACAACUUUGUGCUAGACGACCUCAACAACGACAGCCCGGCCCAGCAUUUUGCCCGACCUGCAGACAAUAGCCACGUUCCAGGUUUUGGGUCAAGCGGAUAUGCGAUAGCCGGGACCGAGAAUGGACGGAUGAUCCUGCUGAUACACGCCAAAGGAAACAUGCUGUACUCGUUGAAGAAUAUUGAACAAGCCUCGGAUGCUUUUGAGGAGGCGGUGCUCAUCAGCGCUGGAAGACAGGUUCAAGGGGUGCGAUCGCUUAUCAGAAGGAUCCAAACCGUCCUAGCACCGAGGGAUAUGCAUUCAGGGCAGCUUAGGGGUGCUGUUCAGGCGAACCUGUCCGCGCCGUUGCUUCUGUCGCCAGAUAGGGCCAAGCUUACCGCACAGCGGGUAUUUGCUUCGCACGGAGGACUCUUGCCGGGACUACAAUAUGUUCCCGAAGGUACUCACAAGAAAUCCGUGGUUGUCACAACGAGCAAUUCAUUGUUGUCGCUAGCCAAGAUCUUCCAGGACACCAUGUCGAAUGGUGGGCCAAACACCGGUAUGGUCAGACAGCCUGCUGGAGUGGGCGAUAUUCUGGCGCUCUAUUACCUGUCCUUGUCAUUGCAGGAAAGUCCGUCAACAGCAAACAACGUCGGCAUCUUGCUCGCUAGUGUUCAGCAGACGUCUACCCAAGUUCACUCUGGGCCGCCUAUGGACUUGGGGAAUCUUCCCACUAUCCCUGGGAUCGUACCAGGCAGCGGCUUAUCACUCGCCCUGGCUUACUAUUAUUAUGGCCUUACCCUGGAUCCAAAGCAUGUGCACCUGCAUACCAACCUGGGCAGCUUGCUCAAAGAUAUCGGACAGCUGGAUCUUGCUAUUCAGAUGUAUGAGCAGGCUGUGCAGUGCGAUGGAAGCUUCGAUAUUGCAUUGACCAACUUGGCCAAUGCUGUCAAGGAUAGAGGCAGAAUCAGUGAUGCCAUCGGGUAUUACAAGCGAGCUGUAUCGGCGAAUCCCGAUUUUGCUGAGGCUGUUUGUGGGCUGUCCACUGCGCUCAACUCGGUUUGCGACUGGAAGGGUCGUGGUGGUGUUCUGCUGGCAGGUGGCAAGUUUGACCGCUGGCAUGUUGACGAGCAAGGGAUGCUUCAGGAUGUGAAGUCACAAGGCCAAGGCAGUGGGCUGAUGAAACGUGUGGUUGACAUUGUCGGGCGGCAGCUGAAGGAGUCCAGCACUUGGGGUGUUGGCGCCUUGCAAGAUCAGACGAUUGUGCAGCUGGUGGCGCAGUUAAGGGAUGCCGGAGCUGGGAUCACCGACCGAGGUCUAGAUGUUGAAACCGAACUUCGAAAAUGGGCUGGUCGAUCGUGGGAGGGCUCAAGAAUCCUGAGGCUGAUUGAGCGGUCGACGAGAGCUGCGAUGCGGUGCUGGUAUGUCGACAAACAUGUCAAGGGCAUCAAGUCAUCAGCUGGAUACAGGCGGCCGCGGCCUCCUGCCAGCCUUUCGAUUCCAUCUGCGCCGACGGUGUUGCCGUUCCACACCUUUACUUGCCCGUUGACAGCCAAGGACAUCCGGAUGAUUUCGCAGAGGAAUGCGCUCAGAAUAUCGUGUUCGACGCUUCGCUCACCUUGGGUCCCAGCUACUGUAUAUGAACCACCGGAGCCACCAGCCCCUUAUUUCAAGGUUGGCUAUGUCUCGUCUGAUUUCAACAACCACCCCCUGGCACAUUUGAUGCAAUCUGUCUUUGGCUUUCACAAUCCCAACAAGGUCAAGGCGUAUUGCUAUGCAACCACAGCCAGUGACAAGUCGAUCCAUCGCCAGCAGAUUGAGCGUGAAGCGCCCGUCUUCCGUGAUGUCAGCACGUGGCCAUCAGACAGACUGGUCGAGCAGAUUGUGGCUGAUGGCAUUCAUAUUCUGGUCAAUCUCAAUGGGUACACCCGCGGAGCGCGCAAUGAGAUCUUUGCCGCGCGGCCUGCGCCGAUCCAGAUGUCGUUCAUGGGCUUUGCUGGGACGUUGGGAGCCGAGUGGUGCGAUUACCUCCUAGCUGAUACGACGGCCAUCCCUCCCUCGACACUUCGACCACACCGCAACAAUUUAAACCUGGGAGAUGUCUUCCGGGAUGAGGCCUACACGGAAAGCGAGGACUGGAUUUACUCGGAGAACAUCAUCUUUGCUCGAGACACGUUUUUCUGUUGCGAUCACGCGCAAUCAGCAGAUGGCCACAAUGAGAGGCAUAUGUCCUGGGAGGAUGACCAGAAGAGGAGGUGGAGGAUGCGGAAGGAGUUGUUCCCCAAAUUACCCGACGAUGCUAUCAUCCUGGGUAACUUCAACCAGUUGUACAAGAUCGACCCAACAACCUUCCGUACAUGGCUCCGCAUCCUGGCUUCCUGCCCCAAAGCCCACCUCUGGCUGCUACGAUUCCCCGAGCUGGGCGAAACCUACCUCCGCCGCACAGCUAAAGACUGGGCUGGGGAAGCCGUCGCCUCUCGCAUUCACUUCACAGACGUGGCACCAAAGCAACAGCAUAUCUCUCGCGCCCGAGUUUGCGAUCUCUUUCUCGACACGCCCGAGUGCAACGCCCACACCACCGCGGCGGACAUCCUUUGGUCUAGCACGCCAUUGCUCACCCUCCCACGAUACGAAUACAAGAUGUGCUCCCGUAUGGCGGCUUCCAUCCUCAAGGGUGCGCUUCCAAAGAGCGAGGAAGGGGAGAGAGCAGCGAAGGAACUCAUUGCGGAGGAUGAGAAGCAAUACGAAGAGUUUGCAGUGGGGUUGGUGAAUAGGAUGGGCUACCAGCUGGUCAGGGGACAGGAUGGGGAAGUCUACGGGAGGGGAGAGGGAAGACUGGCGGAGAUGAGGAGGUUGCUUUGGGAGAGCAAGUGGGGGUGCGCGCUGUUUGAUACCAGGAGAUGGGUGAGGGACUUGGAGGAGGCAUAUGGGCGGGCUUGGAGCGAUUGGGUUAACGGAAGGGGAGGGGACAUCUAUCUUUGAAGGGGGCUUUUGUCUAAUGUGUGGGCUUUUUUCUUUUUCUUUUGAUGCAUGGCGAUGUGCCUAAAUGUUUUUGGAUAUUGAGUUCUGGGCAUUGAAAUGAAGGGAAAGAAAAGCUAAAAAGCUAUUUGGGAAUUUGAGUGAAUAUUUGGGAUAUGGGACGAUAGGAAAGAGAUCAUUUUGGGGUAUUUGGAUUGGAAUUUUUGGAUGCUAUGAUAUCCAUUUUGAAUUUGUUUGUUUGUUUGCGUGGUUUUGUUUGGUUGUUUGUUUCUUUUGAAAUUUGCCUGUGUUGGCACUUUGGUCUGUUUGGUUUUCCUCUGAACAUAGGAUGAAGGGAUGUGAGUUGAUUUUGUGGUCUGCGUUGUAUCUAGUUUUGGGGUGUUCUGAUAGAGCGGAGGUUGUUGACCGCGAUGGUCUGAAAGGGGUUGAAUUUGAGAUGCUUGAUACCAUUUGCGAGCGUUCUGUUUGACUUUUGCUGCUCUAUGCUAAUAGUUG